GCCGCUCUCGGCACUUCAGUCGCAUCGAGCUACUCGUGGAACGCGUGUCGUGUUGUGCAUGCAUGCAUGCUUGCGUGCGGUUAAACGUGCGUGCAUGUGUGUGCUUAUUAUUGUGGUGUACCCGGAGUGGUCGCGUGUGCAUGUGUGCGGAUCAUAACACGGUGUUGCGCGGUCUCGACAGUGCAUGUCGUGAUUACUAUAGCCAUCGUCUCGUCUGUCCGUCCAUCGCGAUCACGCCAAAUGCACGUCUCGCGCUUCUCGAGAUCUUGCAGUAACACCCGUGGUUGUUGCUGUGCCGUUUGACAGCGCGGCCGAUUCGAAGAACGAAGAGGAAAGGGGAAGGAAGCCGCGUCUAGUCCCGCGGUUGAUGACUCUUCGAACGAUCGUACCGAAUACGCGACGACGAAGGAGGAGAAAGAGGAAUUGAAUCGUCUCGUUGCUCGUGCUGCGUCUCUUUUUCUCUGUUCUUCUUGCGCUUCAGAGCACGAUUUACGGAACUUACCACCAAUCUUUUUCGCACAGUUUCCGCUCUCGGUUUCUCUUUCUUUCGCUUUUGCUUUUCUUUAGCAAUUCAUCUCGCCGAUUUGGCCAUUUUGCCAAAAUGAAAAUAAUUCAGAGGUAUCGUCGUGCGAUUCUGGCACCUGUAUCGAUCGUGAUAUUAUUAUGCGGUUGUACCGAUCUCGUGUCAUCUCGAUCGCCACGUUUUGCCGAACAUCUAAAAAACGAUACCGACUUCGUGUCCGUUGAUUGUGAACGUGUUAAGCCAUUUUUCGAGAGCAAGAAUAUCACGAUCUUGGUUGAUAGAAAACAAGCUACAGCAGAAGACAUCGCAAAAACAACUUGUAACGGCAUGUGCUGCAACCGGGACACCGAAGAACAAUUAAGACAUCAAGCCAGGGCAGAUUUUCACGACUUGAUCCAUCAUCAUAGCAGAAGUUUGCAAGGCCUUUUGGCGACAACGGCGGAUGCGUUAAGGGAAACAGUGACGAUGCUCGCGAGACAGUCGGAGAACAAAACCUUAACCCUGUUCGAUCAAGUGUAUCGGACGAUGGCGGUAUCGAGCAGGCCCUCGAUAAAAGCUCUGUAUCAGGCGAUGGUCGAUUACGUGUCACCGAGCAACACGCCGGACAGUUUGCAGCAACCGCUGACAAGGGACAUGCUUCAAGAAAGGUUCAUCGAGUUCUUCGCCAAAUUGUUCCCGAUCGCGUAUCACGGAGCCGUGAAUCCUCGCCAAUACGAGCAAGAUUUCACGGAGAAAUUUAAGACGUGCCUGUACGAGACGAUGGAACAGAUCCAACCGUUCGGCGACAUACCGAUCCAGGUCUCGAAAUCGGUGAGCAAAAGCCUGGAGGCGACCCGGGUCCUGGUCCAGGCGUUGACUCUCGGCAAAACGGUGCUGGACAGGACCGACAGCGUACUAUUUUCCGGCACAAGCCCCCAGCAGGAGGCCUGCUACGCCGCACUGCUCAGGAUGACCUAUUGUCCAAGGUGCAAGGGCAUCGGCCCCUCCGUCAGGCCCUGCAGUGGAUUCUGCACCAAUGUCAUGAGAGGUUGCCUGACGCAACCAGCAUCCGAGCUGGACCUGGCUUGGUCCGGGUACGUGGAAACAGUGGAGAGGCUCGUAGUGGCGGUCGACGGUCGUAACGAUCCGUUGGGCCUGAAUGCCGAGAGGGCUGUCAGACAAUUGGACACCCGCAUUUCGGACGCCAUUAUGCACGCAAUGACAGACGGACCGGCGCUCGAGGAAAAGGUGAGGAAGGUGUGCGGCCGCUCGGAGCUGGAGCCGUCGUCGUCGUCGAGCGAGAGGAGCGUCGCGGAUGCAGCUGGAACGGGGAAAUCGUCGUCGAGCGGGAUCGAGACGCACGCAGCUGCUGCUGCGCCCAGCCGGACCUUGCCAUCCCAGUUGCACGUGCAGCUCGGCAAUUUCCUGGCCAGCGUGGUCAGGUCUCGCACCUUCUACGGCACCCUGGCCGACACGAUCUGCGAGGAGUAUCCGGACAAACGGUGCUGGAACGGCGAACGAGUCGGGGAAUACACGAAGACGGUGGCGGACUCGAGUUUGACGGCGCAGAGGUACAACCCGGAGUUCACCGUGACGACGAUGUCGCCGACGACGGCUUCCUACGGCAACGCGAACACCAGCGUGCUCAUUGACCAAUUGAGGCACAUUAAUCAGAUAUUGCAGUCUCAGUUGGCGUCGGCGCCCGACAGCGGAACGUUGCUCGGUGACGAGGCUUUGGAUGGUUCCGGUAGCGGCGAUCGGCCUAUAUGGAAGAAGAAGAACAAAGAUGGGGACAUCGAUAACGACGACGAGGACGUGCACAGUUACGAUCACGAUGACGAGGAGGCGUCUGGAUCCGGAAUGGGACCUACUACACCUGAUCCGAUGCUGAAGACGAAUCACGAGAAUCCAGUGACGGCCGGCGCUGGAUCGAGCAUCAUCCUGCUUUCGUCCAUCGUUUCGAUGGCGAUUGGCUGUUGUGCACCGUUGUUGAUCGCUUAAGUUGCGGAGCGUGGACGUGGAAAGAAGGGAACGAUUCGUUUCUCGAUUCGUAGCCGCGACCUAGAAUAACACGUAGAGAAAGAGAGAGAGAGAGAGAGAGAGAGAGAGAGAGAGAGAGAGAGAGAGAGAGAGCGAUUUUUGGUGCCCGCGUCGGGGAAUAGGAUGAUCCUACUCGACACGAGGGAUGGAUCGAUCCGAAUCUUACGAAAUCUGCUUUAUAGUUUAUAUAUCGUGCCGCCUGACCGGGACAAAGCGAGCUGCAAGCAAAAUUGUCCGGGAACUAAAUAUAACGGGGGAUUAAUCUGUUUCGUUGUUCGUGACUCGAAGAAUCGAAUGCAUGCCGAUCGAUCGAUCGAUCGAUUUAUCUGUUCGAUCGAUCGAACGAACGAACGAACGAAUCAAGACUGUGUUUUUUUAUUCCAAGUUUGAGAGGGAGAGAGAGAAAGAGAGAGAAAGAGAGAGAGAGAGAGAGAGAAAGAGAGAGAGUGAUCCAUUUUUGGACGAUCGAGCAUACGACGAAGAUAUUUUUUUCCCAGAGGAUCGUUCCACGGAUAGAGAAAAAGAAACCACUAAGCUACUAAGUUCUUAAUAGCUUAACGUGGUAUUGAAUAGACGGAAGCGAAAGUGAUCACGAUGGAUCGCGUCCAUGUGUUCGAACGAUCGAGAAUGAAAAAUUGGAGAGAAGAACUCGAAGGAACAAUGAGGACGUCGCGCGUCUUGUCACUUGGAAAGUGGAGGAUACGGAAGAGAAGAAUUGUAAUUUAGUUAGUGUAGAGCGAAAAAUUCUGUGUCCGGAGGAAAUUGAAAAAUAUUCGAUUCGAGAAUGCCGAUGCGAAAAAUAUACGCGGAGAUUAUUAUAUCUAUAUUCCUGUUUUAUGAUGGCCGACGAGAAAUUAUUAUUAUUAAUUAUUAUUAUUAUUAAUUAUUAUUAUUAUUAAUUAUUAUUAUUAUUACUAUUAUUAUUAUUAUUAUUAUUAUUAUUACGCUGCGAAAAAGUCGAGCAGCGCUAUUUUGUUUUAUUUCUCGCGGCGAGAACGAAGUUGACCCGUUUUGUAUUAAAUUGGAGGGGAUAAUCCACGCACAAGGGACAGUACGGCCUGUGGAAAAUCGAAUUGAACGAAGAGGAAGGAAAGACGGAAAAAGAAUAGUAAUUUUACGAUAGACAGAGAGAGAGAGAGAGAGAGAGAUUAAUUACCUUGUACUUUUUUAUUUAUGCGAUAUCAUAGUGAAAAUCAUGUUCAAAAAAAAUAAAAAGCGAAUUAAGCGAAACACGAGGUAAAUAUAAACCGUACGUUUAAUUCGCAUAAUUCUACGAGAAACAAUUAUACGAGAAAAUUAUGUUCAACAGAGAGAGAGAGAGAGAGAGAGAGAGAAAGAGAGUAAAAAAUACAGAGACGAGAAUCUGGAAGAAUGUUUGCUAUAAUAUCGAAAACGAUGAAAUGAAAAGGACAAAAACGAUAUUAUUAACUAUACUAUACUACGAAACAGGAUCAAAGAUAUAUCCUUUCCUUUCUGAAAGUACGACGAUUCUAACAACAGCAGCAGCAGCAGCAGCAGCAGCAACGAACAGCAAUAAUAAGUAAACGCCGCGAAGAGAUUUCUCGCUUUUAGCGAUUCCAAGUGUAUGGUUUCGCGACGAGCGAAGCCUUAAAAAAAAAAAAAGAAAAAAAAAAAAACCGUGACUUCGAUCCUUGUGCCUCGCGUUUUGCACUGUUCUUCGUCACGCACGAAUUGCCUCUCGUUCGCGGUGACGCUUUUUUUGUCGCCGAUGCCGAUACACGAACUAUAAUGACGGGUUUAAAAUUAUUCUCGUCCAGUGAUAUCGCGUGUGCAUGCCAUAUAACGAAGCUAACUGCCAAAAUGCCAGUUGUGCGACCAAAGGUGUUUUUCUUCUCGCUUCGAACGAGGUCGCCACUCUACUUUCGGAUAUAUAUAAUAUACGAUCGAAUACCUUCUUUCGCUCUCGAUCGCAUCCACAAACAAUCGUCCAAGGAUAGAAAUUUCUAUGCGAAUCUGAAGGGAGGUUUUUUUUUUUUUUUUUUUUUUUUUUUUUUUUUUUUUUUUUUUUUAAUCAUGCUGUGAACGAUUCGAUCGGACGAAAUGCGAGAUAGAUUGGAUGGUUCGAGCGAAUCAAGAACUCGUUCUUGGACGUCUAAUUGUUGAAAGGGGAUACGAGGAACGGUGAUUCGAAUUCAAAUUCCUGGGAAACUUUGGGUUUCUCGUGUUCGACGUAACGAUAAAAGCGAUCGAUUCGAUGGUACUACUACUCGAGAAAGCGAAGAGGUUAGGUUACGUUUGUAGUCGGGAGUUGUAUAUGUGCCAUAAUUUUUUAUCGUGUCAUCGUUCAGAUCAACCGUUUUUUUUUUUUUUUCGAAAUUUCAUUCAAUACCUCGUUCGGUAUUUAGAGUGUUUUCAAGUGCCAAAAAAAAGAAAAAAAGCAAAAGAAAAAUCGCGUCAACGUUUUAGACGUCUAAGCUUCGAAGCGGAUUUAAAUUUUGGCGGUUUGCUUUUCGAUUAAAAAAAAAAAAAAAACGACUUACGGCGUUAGUGUCGAGAAAGUAUUCGUGCGUCAAUUAAUUGCAAAGUGAAAUUGUCAAAUAUUUUUAAUAUUUUUACGUUCGUUAAAUUAAAAAAUUAUCGUAUUUCUCAGAUCGAUAUUCGUCUUUCGUAUUCCUUUUUCUUUCGCGUUUAAUAAAGGCGCGAUCGGACGGCGUAUUUCACGCGUGAUUAAUUAUUGCACGAAUUAUUUUUCUAGGCCUGGCUGCCGUGGUAGACUAUAGUGUGUAACAAAGUGUGUAGGAAGAGCAAUGGAGACACGAAUCUGUCGGUGUAAUUUCGUAUGCGUCGACUCUCGUAUACGGCCACACUGAUUUUGUACAUUUGAUUUCUCGGAUCUUUGAGGGUUAGUGCCUUUUUCCAAUAUCCCUGGCCGUGACGUCGUGUCAUCAUCUCACGCCCGACAGAAGGAAACAAGAAGAGAGCCAAAUCGUCGAUAUAAAUAAAAAAAAAAAAAAACAAAAAAAAAAAAAAACUGUACAGGGCAUUUCAUUCUGCUGAGAAGAAAGAGCGACCUGUGUGUGAACGCGUGUGAACGACUUUCUUCUUUCCCUCUUUUUUCCUAAUUUUUGUAACGCCUCUCUCCCGUAAAAAGGAAUAGAAUUGACUUAAACCUCGUGGCGAUCCAUUCGAAGAAACACGACGAACGAUCGGCAAAAACAUUUUUGAAAUUUCUAGAAAUAAUUGUCGUCCCCUUGGACAAGGUCCAGACUGUAUUUCCGUAUUCUUUUAAACAAGCAGAUUUUUCGAAAGCUUUUUUUUCUUCGUACUGUAAUUCUUAAUUAAUUAAAAUUAAUUAUAAAUGCGCUAAAGAAACUAGUCCAUCAGGGCGAAAUAAAAUUAGUUGAUUUUUAUCGAUGCUCUUGCACUUUCAACAAAAUCAAUUCCCCUUUUUUUUCUUUUUUUUUUUUUUUUUUUUUUUUUUUUUUUUUUAAUCGUUCGAUAUCGAAUACGAUCGUUAAUUCGACGAAUCGGCUGGUGAAUCCGACUCGUCUCUAGCCAUUUAUAAUUAUAUAUAUAUAUAUAUAUAUAUAUAUGUAUAUAUACCAGCAGUCGAUAUUAUCGUUUCACGAGUAAUUUCUUCGUGUAUCUGCCAAUUUCGAUGCGAUGUUAUAUAAAUUUAAGAAAAAGAAAAAUUUCUUAUCCUACGUACGAAACGUAUAUAAUUUUUCCAUUCAUUCGGAGAAAUAUUAAAAAUAUAGAUGGAUACGUAAUUAUCGACAAAAAUUGUAUACGAUUUUCGUUAUCGUAUUUUCUUGAAAUUAUUCCGAUGAAACGAAUCUAAAUAAAAUAUUGUGACAAGACUGCCGAGAUAUAUAUUUCGAUCAUUAUUCUUAUCCCUAGAGGUCAUGCUUAAAAAAAAAAAAAAAAAAAGAAAAAAGAAAAAAUAAUACACGUUUAUCGUUUCGUAAAUAAUUAUUCGUAACGAAAUUAUGAUUAAGAAAUAAAUCACGACGAUCGAAGAUAAAUAUUAUACGUGUAUAAAUUUUCAAAUCGAAGAGACGAAAGAUUCCCCCAUUCGGGAGAGAUACACGAAAAUUCGAAGUCAGUCAAUAGUAGAAAUUUAGCGCGAAAUUCAGGCCGGUGUUAAAUUGUUAAAGAAAAAAAAAAAAAAAAAAUUAAUAUUGUAAAUUGUUCCCUUCGUCGGGCGGAUUCUGAGCGAGCGAGAAAAUUAUUGAAUCGUCCUUAAAAAAAAAAAGAAGAAAAAAAAAAAUUUCGUAUCGAGUUGCACACGAAUGUUACGAAUGAUGACCCUUCCCCCUCCCCCCUCCCCCCUUUGAUCGCGAAUGAUAUCAAUUUAUGGCCUCCCUACUUCUCUGCCUCCAUCAUUUUAAAAAUGUCGAACAAACGUCUCCCUUCCGUGAAUUGUGUGUAAUCGUUUUUUUAACAUACAUAUUUUCAUACACACACACAUACACAGAGCACAAGGCGAAGAAGGAAAGUGGCCUUACAUUCGAUUCCUUCGAUUCUGUGUUGCUCCUGCUUUUCAAUUUAUCACAAGCACUCGUUGACACUUUAUUACGAACAAAAAAAAAACAAAAAAAAAAAAUCGAUCAUCUAUUUAUAAUGCUCUUUGUUAUACAUGUUUUUGUGGUGCUACACUAAGAAUAAAAGAUAAAAAAAUCAAAAAAAAAAAAAAAAAAAAAAAAAUCGUCCCUCGUGAACAAACGGGUACACGGGUGGAAUCAAACGAACAGCUGGUGGAUCAUCGAAUAAACUUAUUGUGCCCGUUUAAAUUGGCUCGUUGAACGUUGAAUGGCGAAUUUAAUUAAAGCGAUACACCGUUAACCGUCUAACCGAGCAUUUAACCGUCUUCCUGCCAUUCGAAUAUAACAUCGACUAGAAAUAAAGUAGAGGAAAGUAGAGAUUAAAGAUUAUUAGAGAACGCAUUAAGAAACGCGCAAAAUAUCCGUACUCGAUAGACCAAUUUUUGAAUUUUUCUCGAUUAACGCUAUAAUUGGAGUCGUUAUGUGUAACGUUUAAAGUAACGCUAGAACUGGAGAAAAUCGCGUGAAUCGCGCAAAUUUAACGCCCAAUUUCUCGUGUUAUGUUAAUCACGGUGCAACUGUGCAAUCGUAUAUCGCUUGCGUAAGAGAUUGUGUAAGAAUAAGAGUAAAACAAAAAAAAAAAAAAAAAAAAAAA